AUGUCCAGCCUAUCAUCAUCAAGUAGCAAUAAAAAUCACACUAAAAAGUUGAACAGCGGAAGAGAGCGCGAUAAAAAUAAGUCCGUUGCCUCAGAAUCUGGGGGAUCUAGUCAAUGUGAUACUCCACCUCUUUCAGAGAAGGAUGGGACUUCAACACAAGGCAAAUUCGCUGGGGUUGGAGCCGAUUCAGUAUUAUGUAUUGCUGAACAGGUAGCUGUAGAGCUUACUGGGGAAGCAGCUGCAAACCUUGCCGAAGAUGUCAGUUACAAGCUUCGGCAAACAAUCUCUACCAUUGCAUUACACAGUGAGAUGAUGAAGAAGAGCCGUGUAGACUCAUGGGAUGUUAACACAGUUUUCACUCUGUCUGAUACUAGUCCCGUUGUUGGCACCACUAACACUCCAUAUGCACCAGUUGGUGAAGAAAAAUUAUGUUUCCAAACUGAAAAUAUUCUAAAUGUAACUGAAUUCGCCAUGACUCCUCAAACCUACGUAUUUUCAACGCUCCCCACUGUAUCAGUGGAAUGGAUCACAGACGACAGAAGUUUAAGUAAUAACAGUAAUAUAAGCUUUAAUUUGCAGAACUACUACACGAAAGUUGCAAGAGCAAUACUCAAUUUAAAAAGGAAACCUAAGCAAAUAGCAGUGGAGGAUCUGACAACAAACACGAGGAUCGGACCGAUAUUCCCGAAUCUCUUCAAUCUGGCCGUCCUAGUGCUGAAUGAUGACAACCUGAAGGCUCUCAAUGUUCCUGCAAAGAAACCUCUCCAGUCCAACGUGUUGGAUAUGGUCGACGCUCUCUGUUCUAAUCCUUGUAGCUUGGACACGAAUAUACAGCAGCAGUUUCAGCGAUUGUUCCCGGUGAUGGUAUCAAAUAUAUUGGGAAAUGGAUCUCUAGCCGAGAAAAUGGUGGCGAUUUUGACGAAAAUCACACGUACUUGGCCGUCAUUCAUAGCAAUUGGUAAAGGCAUUCUUUUCGACUACCUCUCGCAAGGUACAAAGGAGCGUCUCACGGCGCCGAUGAUUCGUUGCGUGACGGCUUUGGGCAGGAGGGCGCUCAUUACUUGUCUGGCAGACCAUCUGGACCACUUGGACUCGCUUAUACACACGCCCCGAAGAACGCAUGCGAUGCCUGACCUCAGGGAAACUAUACUAGAGGCCUCGACGUGCUUACUAAGAUCUGAACCGACAACGUUCCUUGAAGAUUUCGUAAUGACUGACUACACACUAUACGAAAUGCUCGGAGACUCCAUAAUGCCACGUCGGACGCUAUUUCCAUACAAACAAGCCUUACAUAACGAUAAUGCAAACACGGAGAAAUCGACAGACGAAGAGUCCUCGUAUGUACCCAUACGACCAAUCCUGAAGCAUGCUAAUGUUAGAAUAUUGCCAGUAACAAGAAAAAUGAGGAACCCACUUCACAGAGACGCCGUGUUCGAAGCGACGAAGUUUUCAAUAGAUAAAUCGCGGCGUAUACAUUUAAAGAUUAAAAACUGUAGGUCUAAAGAAAUAUCACAGAGGCCAAGUACGGACAGAGUUCAUUUUAGUGUUAGUACAAGAAGAAGUGGUGUGGUAAUUGCUAGUGGACUCUUAAAUAGGUUUAGGUAUAGAUUGAACAAGCCUAGUGAACCAUUUCCAAUAUUUGGAGCUUUAAUGAUGUGA